GACAGCGGAAAGAUCGUUGCCAAAGUUGGAAAGAAAUCAUCUAAGGCUAAACUGACGGUGAACGCACUUCCAGCAGACUUUACCUCCCCUCUCAAUGAUGUCACAGUUAAAGAGAAGACAAAUGCAGAAUUCGAAUGCGAGUUAUCUAAAGACCUAUCCAAUGUCAAGUGGUAUAAAAAUGGUAAACUAUUGAAGGAGGGCAAGAACGUGAAGUUUGUCAAGGAUGGCAAGAAACAUAAAUUGAUUUUAUCAGACGUAGAAGUUGAGGAUGAAGGUCCAAUCAGUAUCAAGGUUGGCGAUAAAGAAACUACUGCCAAUCUCUUUGUACAAGAAGCUUCCCCAGUGUUUAUUCGACCAUUGAAAGAUGUGUCAGUGAAGGAAGGCGAAGAUGCUGAGUUCCUCUGUCAACUCAACAAGGCUGGAGCCACUGUAAAAUGGUGUCUUGACGGACAGGAAGUUGUCGAGGACAAACGAUUCAUCAUCUCCGUUGACAACAAAGAACAUAAACUUAUUGUCAAGAACGCACUGUUGCCAGAUUCCGGUGAAAUCAGUGCCAGAGUUGAAGACAAGCAGACAGCAGCUCAGCUCACUGUUCAAGAAAUCCCCAUAAAACUCCAUCUGACCCUGAAACGCUUUACGACCUCCAUCGAAACGCAGGCAGUUUUUACGUGUAAUGUCUCAAAAAGCAACAUGCGUGUCUCCUGGUUUAAAGAUGAGGAAGAAUUAAAAGCAAGUCGUAAAUAUGAGAUGACGGAUUAUGGCAGUGUUCAUAAACUGAUACUCCAUCAGUUAUCUGCCCCUGAUUAUGGGGAUUACGUUGUCGUCAUUGGUAGUAAACGCAUGUCUGGCAUGAAUACUCUUCAAGAACUACCUCUGGAAAUUACCGUCCCCCUGAAAGAAACUGAAGCUACAGAAGGUGAUGCUGUAACUCUAGUCUGUGAAGUCAACAAACCAAAUAUUGAAGCUCAAUGGUUUAAAGACAAAGCUCCUCUUCAAUCAACAGACGAACUCCUUCUCAGAGUUGAUGGUACUAAACAUUCCCUGAUUUUACCAAGUGCAGCUCUGUCAGAUGAAGCUGAAUAUUGUAUCGUCAUCAAAGAUAAAUCAUCCAAAGCUGUUCUCUUUGUUGAAGAAAUAGCAACAUAUUUUGUCAAGGGUCUGUCAGAUAAGACAAUCAAAGAAUCUGAAAAUUUGAGUUUGGAUGUCACGUUGUCGCGCCCGGAGACUCACGUCACAUGGCGGCACAAUGAAGUGGAUCUAGAACCGAGCGAGAAAUAUGAAUUUAAGAUUAAAGAUGUUGAAAGAGAGCUGAUAGUAUUUAAUGUUGAUUUAAAAGAUGAAGGAGCCUAUUCGUGUCUGGCUGGAGAAGUAUCAACUACUGCUGUUAUUACUAUAGAGGAAACUGAAGCUGGUUUCAAGUCAGGACUAACAGCAACAGAAGGUGUUGAAGGUGAAGAUGUCGAGUUCCAGUGUGAAUUAAGUAAAGAAAACGUGAAAGUACGCUGGUUGAAAAAUCGUAAACCAUUGUUACCUAGCGAACGUAUCAAGAUGGUGUGUGAUAAAUACCGAUACGUUCUCCGUAUCCAGGAAACCAUUCCAGAAGAUGAGGGAGAAUAUACUGUUGUGUUGCCUAGCGACAAGGAAUCUUCAGCUUACUUGAAAAUCUUACCACUCGCUCCAGUAUUUGUACGCCAUCUUGAAGAUAUUUGGGCCAAGGAAACUGAUAGUGCUGAGUUCGAAUGUCAGAUGACAAAGAAGGAUGUUGCCGUCCAGUGGUUGAAGAAUGAUAAACCAAUCACGGAGUCUGACCAGCUCGAAGCCGUAACAGAAGAUUUUUCACAGUAUUUAUAUUUCACCGAUUUAGAACUCUCCGAUGAAGGAGAAUACAAAUGUAUGGUUGGUCCAGAAAUGACACACGCUAAACUACACGUAGAAUCGAUACCAACUGUAUUCACCAAACCAUUGAAAGAUCAUGACAUCUCAGAACAAGAAGCAGUGACAUUCGAAUGUCAUCUGAAUAAACCAAAUAGAAAAGUCACUUGGAAGAAAGAUGGCAAAGAAAUAUCAUUCAGUGACAGAAUUAAAUUUAGCUCCGAGCGGCUAGUCCAUACCUUGGCGUUGAAUGAUGCUGUUUUGGAAGAUGAUGCUGAAUACUCUUGUAGCUGUGAUGAUGCUGUAACUAAAGCCAAACUCACUGUUGAUGGUAAGAGAUAA